GCUGAGCCCGUUCGCCGAACUGCUGCUUUUAGCUCGGCCUUUGAGCUCGGGCUUUUCGCCGAACUACUGGCGAUGCAGGAACAUGAAGUCGCUUCAAGCUGAGGCAGUCGAAGAGCUCAAGCGCCUGGUGGGUCGUUUGGUGUAUAGCGGAGGUGCCCCUGCCAUUGCCUAUGAGGGCAGCAAGUACACUCUCCUCUACCGGGACUUUUUGAAGCGGAAGGACUUCUGCAUCGCCGCACGCUGGACGAUGGAACUGUUGGUUGUCCAGCUGAGCUCUCAGCGACUGCUCAGAGAUGGCAACAGGACUCUUCCAUGGGCCUAUUUCAUGGGAUUCUAUGGGACGGCUGCUGAGCCUUUGUCUCUGUUCUUCCGUCCGCUAGGACUCCAACUCUUUCAAACGCUCCUGUGGGGCUCUGGCCCCUCCUGGACGCAGGUGGCACGUGCAGGCUGGGGAACCUUUGCGCUCUUGUCCGCCCUGUCGAAGGACUUCCAGGAGCUGCUGACCCGCGCCGGUUCGGGUGAGAACACCUCCGUAGAGCACUGGAUGGACGAGGUGCAAAGGGAGUGCGUGACCGAGCUCGAGGGCAUUCUAACGGCGGCAUCUGCCCAUCUCAGCGUGAACCGAUCGGAGUCGUUGACCUGGCCUCAGCUCGAGCAGCACAUGGCCUUGGUCGAGGAGGUGCUCCGCCAGUGGUCCCGCGCCGCGCUCGCCCGGCAGUUGAGUGCCGCCAGCGUCCUGGCGCUGCUGCUGACGGAGGAGCGCAGCGUGGACUUCUGGCGAUUGGUUGAUGCCACCUUGCUCCCGGAGUAUGUGGAGCUUUGCUUGCCUCAAGCUACCAUGGAAACUGAAACCCAUCGGAGCGCCUGCGCCUUCGCCCACUGUCGCCGCCACCUCGCGCCGCCGCGGCGGCCCUUCUCGGGCGCCGGGCACGGCGCGAACGCCUCGGCGCGCACGGCGGUCUUCCGUGUGGAGCCGCAGCGAAGUCUGCUGAGCGAGAACCUACGGAGCGGGUGCCGAGUCACCUGUUCGCCGCGGGUGCUGCACGUGCUCCGCGCGGCGUCCCACGUGCAGCACGUGGGGCUUCAACCGCUUCAGCCCUUCCGCUACGUGGACGUGGGCGCGGCGCUGGGGGACUGCAUGAUCAUGGCCUCUGAUCUCCUCCCAGUCCUCGACGGCCUCUCCUACGAAGCGCUGCCCCUGCACGCGCGCCUCGCCCGCGCCACCCUCCGCUUGGCGCAGACGCAGCGCCCGACGCAGCGCCUGCGUCUCCGACCGCUGGCGCUGGGACGAGGGGACGUUAAGGAGAUUUCAGGCCAGGUCUUCCAUGGUGGCUUUGGCCAGGGCGUGCCGGGGGAGGUGCUGCGGAUCCGCAGCUCGACGCUGGACGCCCACCAUCGCUCCGCGGGAAUGGGUUCGAUCGACCUCCUCACCGUGUUCGUGAACCACGGAGAGAAUGCGGUGCUCGAUGGCGCCAAGAGCCUUUUGGGUGGCCUCCAUGUAGGCUGUGUUUUGGUGUGCACCUAUGGCUUUGCCAACUACACAAGAGAUGCCAUGGAUCGCUUGCAUUUGCUGGGCUAUGCGGCGGCCGGGAUGGUCUGGAAUGACGAGGGGCUGGGCUUUGAAUGGGUCAAGGCCUGCCCAGCGCCUUAUGGGGGUACUUGUUGCGACUCGCCAUUCUUCGCAUGGUGGGCGGAAAAAGAACGCUGCUUGGGGUUAGGACGUGCGCCCGCGAGUCAGACUGUGAGGACCCUUGGACCCAGGCCGCGGGUCUUUUUCCUCAUCCAAGUCGGUGAAGGGAGUUGGUUGUCUGACCAGCGCCUUCCAGUUUCCUAA